AUGGCAGAGACUGGGAAAGUAGAAUUAGAUUUAGAAGAGUUUAAGAUUAAAGAUGAGAAAGUUUCCAUCAAGGAAGAAAUAUUACCAUCCCCUACUGCAGUAGAGGAUACCUGUUAUGUGGAUAUAGAUAUAAAAGGUGUACAAGAUGUUGAUAACAGUAAACCUGUAUUUGAUCCUGAUUUUCACACCGAGCUAAUCAUUAAAGACGAAUUUGAGGAUUGUAAUUUAGGUGAAAACAUGGAUGACAGAUUUGAUGAUUUUAAAUCAGAACCAAAGCGAAACAAGAAGCGUAAAGUGGAAUACGCUUGUAAGGAGUGUGAGUAUGUUGCAACUCAAGCAGGCAAUUUAAAAACCCACAUUGAAAAUAAACAUAAAGGAAUAAGAUAUCCUUGCUCUUGAGUAUUUUGCAACUAGAGCAAGCAAUCUAAAGAUUCAUUAUGAAAAUAAACAUAUAGGAGUGAAAUAUCCUUGUUCUCAAUGUGAAUAUAUUGCAAAUCAUGUAAAUAAAGUAA